AUGAAGAACAUCCUCAAGAAGCUUCACAUCGUGGCGAGCCACACGGAAGACGCGGAUGCCUCCGCCUCCCCCUCCUCCUCCCCGGUCAAAGGUGCCGUCAAGGUCCCCCACGCCCACCCCGAUCAGAAGCCCGUCUCCAGCCUCACCAGCUGGUUGAAUUCCGUCUCCAGCAAGCUCUCUUUCACCCCUCCCUCCUCGUCCUCCUCUUCAGCCUCCUCUUCCUCGUCCUUAGUUGCCGCACAGAGAGUGGAGCCGAGGGAAGGCCCGAGUACGGUCUCCUCGUCCGCUUCGGAAGCGGUGGUUGACUCGGCGAUGAGGGGUUCCACGUUGAGCAAGCCGACAGUCCCGGAGAUGGACGAGGAGUACCAAAUCCAGCUCGCUCUGGAGUUGAGUGCCAGAGAGGAUCCGGAGGCGGCUCAAAUCGAGGCCGUGAAGCAGAUUAGUUUGGGCUCUUGCCCGCCUGAGAACUCCCCUGCUGAAAUUAUUGCUUACAGAUACUGGAAUUAUAAUGCUCUUGGCUAUGAUGACAAGAUCUUGGAUGGUUUCUAUGAUCUCUAUGGCAUAUUGGUUGAGUCUACGUCUUUAGAAAUGCCUUCUCUAACUGAUUUGCAAGGAACACCAGUCUCUGAUAAUAUCAGUUGGGAAGCUGUAUUGGUAAAUAAAACUGAAGAUGCUGACCUUGUCAGAUUUGAGCAGAAAGUGUCAUUAAUGGCUUCAAAAGUGAGGUCUUGGAGGUGGAGCAUCAGUUAGAAUGGAGGUGGACUCAGAGGAGUGCCACGGAGACACAUCUACUGAUCAUGAAGAAAAGGGAUGCAGAUGCGAGGCGACGGAUAGUAGGGCCAUGGGCAUGGUAGCGCCAUGGUACCGCAGAGGCGGGACUUCCGUGAAAGUCAUUGAUCCCUUGCUCUCACGGAGGGAGAGCGCUUGGUCGUGAAAGGGGCCGAGGAGGUGGAGCAUGCAGAGGCAAUCUCCAAGUACCGAGACAAGGCUGAAGGGCAGAGGCCAAGAAACUUCGUAAGACCGGUGUCAACAUGUUUCUCAUCAAGAUAGCCGUAAGUGAAGGACUUCGGGUCAUGCAAGAGUGCACGACCAAGGAACGAAGCAGGCAGUACGCGGUGCUGUACCUUUGCUACUCAGUGGAGUAGGCGGCAGGGUUGAUGGAGAAGACGGUACAAUCCCAGAGGCGACCUCAUCUAUUUGAGAAUUACUCCAAGUUGGGGUGAAAACUUUCUGCAUUCAAGAAGUUCAAUUGCAUUGAGAAGGUGAAUCACAGUAACUAACUCAACGCAAGGAGUGCAAACACUUCAAGUGCUUCAGAAGUGUGAGCAAAAAGCAGGCGAAGGCCAGUAACCAGCUCGAUGCAUGAAGUACAACCUCGAGGAGGCGGGCGAAGUCAAGUAACCUUUGCCUUCUCAACUUUUAAGAGAAUGGGCGAAACCGAGUACCCCAAUUCUCUUAUUUAUCCAGCAGAGGAACUCUGCACAAGUUCAAAGACCCUUCGAAGAUAAUGGAAGACAAUAGUUGUCAAAUCCUCACCAACGGUGAUCAGUGCUACUGAGAGUAGAUUGUCCGCUUCAUUUCCCAACGAAAUGCCAAUCGAAAGCGGAAGUGAUGCGAACCUACUUGGAUGUGACAACUAACUGGAAGAAGAGUCAAUGAGCAGAUUUUGUGGAGGAAGGACCCAAAACUUCAGAAGUUUGCGAGACGAUGCUCGUUAAAGCUCCAACAAGCAUCCACCCAGUUCAAGCAGCAUGAGGAAUUUUUGAGAGACUGGCGCAGUAAGGAUGGUCUUUUCCUUCAUCUGGCGGAUCCGCAAGAAUCAACAAGGAUCAACACAACUCAGCCAACCCCACACCAGAGUCAGAGUCAUUGGUGAGUUGAAGCAGCAUGGCGGAUCAAAGGUUCGACUACUCAAAAACAGCAGCGGAGAGCAGCUGGGAGCCAGGAGGCACAUUGCAGCUGGAGCAGAAGAUUGAAGACUCAACAAAGGCGAGGAGUUGCAGUGUUCACAAAGGCUUCGACGAGGACGUCGAAGGAAUAAGUGGGGGAGAAUGUCACGGACAAACUUCGAAACCGGAUGUUUGGUGUACUGCUUAUGUAUGUCCGUGUCUUUUGGUAUGUUCAUACCUUGUACAGCAUGUAGAGGGGCAGCCGAAGGCUUAAUAGUCCCAUUUUAAUUGGGUUGGUGGCCUCUUUAGGCAUGUAAAUAAAAGUUGUGUCAUGUGGACACGUGCGAGGGAUUUUCGGUCUGUAAUGGACCAUUUUAUCCUUUGUUGUGCAACUGUUCAGAGCUUGUAAAGUCUGUUUGUAAUUUGCAUUGUCCAUGAAGUGUUUUUCGGAGA